AGAAAUCGUCGGCUGCCAGCGGACACGGUUCGCCCCGCCCCGCCCUCCGCCGGGCACAUCUCUAACGCCGGGCGGGUUUGCGGCCGUGCAGAGCUCUGGGCGGAGCGGCGGCCCGCCCGCGCCCGGCGUCGGCGCCACCACCGCCAGUCCGUUCGCAGCUCUUCGUCGGAGCGGUCGGAGGGGCGGUGCUCGGCAAAUUUGCAUCAGAAAGCGCUCGCUGCCGCCCGGUUUUGGUGAAUUGGCGAGUAGUGCUCAGUCGGUCUGCCGGUCGCGGACGGUCAGUGACGCUUUGUCUGGCUCUGGUGUGUGUCUCUGAGAGGUUUGGUCACCUGAGACGCUGAGACAGACCACGGAGUCCCCACCGACUACAUUGGAGAGACGCGUUGAGGUCUCGCCUGCUUUCCUGUUCAAUGGUGACGGUGGCAGCCGCCGCCGGGCUGCACUAGCCGCCCCGAGCCACUUCGCCCCUUGAGGUCACCCUAGAUCACCAGAGGUCACCAGAGGUCACCGAGGUCACCGCUGGUCACCGGUCCCGGCCCACGGUCACCAUUCCGGCCGCGUUGUUUUCCACAGCGCCGUACUGCGGCGGUCAGCUGAAGCCUGCAUCGAUGCACGCAGAAAUGACGUCCAAAGAGGCCGACUGCGCCCCAGAGCAGAUGGAGCCGGUGGACCUCAGCAUCAACAAGUUGACGGCUGCCGGCCACGCGCGACUCAAGGAGGCCACCCGGCCGGACGUCGUGCUGAACAUCCCCCACUUCACCUCCAGCGAGCUCACCGUCAUCAAGACAGAGUCACCGAUCAGCGAUAACGACAAGUCGGGCUCGACGUCACCUUCUGACUCGCCCUCGCCGAGGUCGCCCCCGUCGGACCUGCUGCCCGGCCGGUACAGCUCGCCGUUCGACUUCCACUCCUGCUUCCCGACGCUGCUGGCGCUGGAGAAAAUCCAGGGCUACAACCAUGCCCGGCUGCCCUCUUCAGUGUCCCUCUCUGGGUCUGCGGACGUGCACCACAGCGUCUUCUCCAACCUACCCGCCUCAGACGGUCAGCAGCCCUCCAGCAAGGCGGCCGCUGAGGCGCGCCGGAAAAAGUCGCACCGCUGCGACUACACCGGCUGUGGAAAGGUCUACACCAAGAGCUCGCACCUCAAGGCGCACAAGCGCACCCACACAGGUGAAAAGCCGUACGAAUGCACGUGGGAGGGCUGCAACUGGAAGUUUGCGCGCUCCGACGAGCUGACGCGGCACUAUCGGAAGCACACCGGCCAGAAGCCGUUCCGGUGUACGCAGUGCAACCGCUCGUUCUCGCGCAGUGACCACCUGUCCCUGCACGCGCGGAGGCAUGUGUGACGCUAGUGACGUCUGGGCAAGGACGACCGAAACUCUAGUGUUGCUGCCCGCCGCCGAAUGGCGCCACCGAGCGCAUGGACGCCCUGUGACCGGUGAUCGGACGCCCCCGCGCCGCGGGUCACAUGCUCGCGAAUGAGUGGGUGACGUCAUUUGAUUUUGCAAAUGGUACAAAGAUACCGUGCUGAUUGGGAGCGGGUUCGGGCGCGGUCCCCACGCCCUGUCCGGCCGCGAAAGGCCCGAGUUCAUACUGUGACACCACCGGUCUCCGCCCAUCGAGGCAUGGGCGCACGCACACAAAGUAGGAAAUAUGAUGUACAUUACUAAUUUAUACAUGUGUGCCUACCGGUGCUCGUCAGGUGCUUAAAGCAUUCUUACAGGGUUGUGAACACGAUGGUCUCAAGAUGAAUUCCCCCCGAAAAAGGAGUGCUAGCUGGAGACGGUUUCUAAGCCCUCGAUAGGUGGCGCAGUCCACAGCCUAGCCAGCCAGAUUCGGAAUCUACUCUGUGUAGUUGGAUAUCACUUUAAAAUCAGCCGGCCUUAUGAAUGACAGUGUUCUGGGAUCGACCUGUCUCCAUCUUGUAUCGCGCUUCUACAUCUUGUCAAUUCGAACGCCUUCGACCAGUCCUAAGUCGACCUUUUAGCGUCAGACCGCUGUUAAGAGUGGCACGGGGCCUCCGGACCCGAAAUCCGGCCCCUCGCCGGGCCUACGGGCUGCGUCCCGUGAAAAGCCUGCUGUCUUUCGAGCUGCAGUGGCCACCAGUGCCGCCUGCGCGUGCCUUAUCACCCCUGUCUGUGACUGUCCGCGGAAAGAGCGAGAGGGGAGAGAGAGGGACAGAAAGCAAGAGAAAGAAAGAGAGAGAGAGAGAGAGAGAGAGAGAGAGAGAGAGAGAGAGAGAGAGAGAGAGAGAGAGAGAGAGAGAGAGAGAGGGAGGGAGAGGGCGUGUGUGUCCCAGUGGAGUCUCUCGUCAGUCCGCGCCCGCCCCAGACAGGAGUGACGCCUUAGCGGUACCUGAAGAUGGCUUAUUCCCUGAACAACUCGAGACCAAUCCCGUGCCAAGUCAUAAUUGUUAUAUUUUUGUAUGCGUAGAUGACUGAGCCUUGUUCGAGGGCCUACUUUGUACAUUCCAUAUUGUAUAGUGCAAAAUAUAUAAACUAUAUAUUGUAUCAAA